GUUUUAUCUUCGUCAUAAGUGAUAAACUAGUGAAUUCAUACUUACUUUGCUAACAUAGUGACUGAGGUGAAAAUUCAAAACAGCAUCCGAAUAUUUAGUUUAAAGUCAGAUAAUAUUUGAUUCAAAGUAGACAUGACAACAUUGUUGUUCUUCGCUUUGAUCCUAACGUUUGUUAUAUUACCUGUACCAGCCACAACGACUAGUCCAACAACCACUGGUGAAAUCAGCAUAAUUGGACAAGGUUCUCACGAAGCGGGCUCUGCACUAAUAUUGUCAUGUAUUAUACCACAUUUCACUGGAUCUGCACAAUGGGGAAGAGAAAAUAAUAUCUAUACAACCUGUUUUCAUGCUGGUAUAUGUUCACCAGCUCAUACAGAAAACUACACUUUUGAAAGCAACACCAGUGGUAUUUUUGUCACCAUUAAGACUUUAUCAAUGGCAGACAAUGGAACUAUAUGGAUGUGUAAUACUCUAGAUUACACCAUUUCAUAUACAGUGAUUGUUCAAUCAACGAUUAAAGCAACAACAGGUAAAAUCAGCAUAAACGGGAUAGGGUCUUUAAAAGUCGACUCUGUAUUGAAUUUGUCAUGCAUUAUACCGGCAUUUACUGGAGCUGCAACAUGGAAAAGAGGAAAUAUAAGCUUAGUAACGUGUGCCUUUAAUUCUUUCUGUACAAUAGUAUCAACGGAAAGGUACACUUUUGCAAGCAACCAUAGUGGGAUUUUUGUCACAAUUUAUCCUUUAUCGAUGAGCGAUAAUGGAACUAAAUGGAUAUGCUAUGACGGAGACAACAACACUUCAUAUACAGUGUUUGUUCGUAAGUAUACACUCUUUUUAAAACAUGAUGUCAAAAUUGUAGUCUGA